AUGGAUGCGAAAAAGGAGAAAGGUGAAGGCACAAAACAGCUAAGUGAAGACAAGGCACAGAUCGCUUUGCGAAAUGGAAGAAUUUCAAAAGCUGAAUCCGCGUGCAUGCCUAAAAACUCCACAAGAACUGGUGAAUUGUUUGAAGUAUUAUCGGAUCCUGAGAAAGCUUUCAAGGCAUUAAAUCGUCAAGAAAUUGCUCGCGAAAGCCGACCAACUGAGAUACUUGUGCCAGUACCAAUUGAGGUAGAUGAUUCAACGGGGUUAACAAAGGUAACGGUACAACAUGCACAAGAGGAAACAAGCAAAGAAAAAGAGGUUGCAAAGGAGACUGAGAAAGUGCAAGAGAAGGCAUCGGAAAAAGUGCCGGAGCAGGAUCUAACUCAAGUCACAGGAAGUAAGCGACCUCCAGCACCCUUCGCGCAGAGGUUGGCUAAAUAUCAGAAGGAUGAACAAUACAAAAAAUUCAUGGAAACUUUGAAGCAAAUUCAUGUAAACAUUCCUCUAAUUGAUGCUUUGAGGGAGAUGCCCGGGUAUGCAAAAAUGAUGAAGGACUUGAUGUCACGCAAGUUUGACUUUCAAGACUUGGAAACUGUGACAUUGACUCAAACCUGUAGUGCUAUUGUGACAAGACCUAUAGCUGAGAAGCUAUCUGACCCUGGAAGCUUCACAAUUCCAUGCACCAUAGGUAGCUAUGCAUUCGCCAAAGCAUUGUGUGAUUUGGGGGCGAGCAUAAAUCUGAUGCUAUUGGCUAUCUAUAAAAAGUUAGGCAUUGGAAGAGCAAGGCCCACAUCCAUGUUACUACAACUAGCUGAUCGAAUGGUGAAAAGUCCAUUAGGUAUACUUGACGAUGUACUUAUGCAAGUUGGAAAAUAUUAA